AUGUCAGCUGACAGCCACCAGCUCCACACUCAUUCCUACCAGGACUCACUAAGUUCUACUUGUCACGGGCUCUUGAAUGUCAACAGUCACCCCCUGUCGAAGAGCUCCUCAAGUCUGGCCUGUACCCAGCAAUCAAGUUUAGAGGAAAGACAAAGCAACAAACCAGAGCUGAAGAAAAGCCAUAGUAGCACAAUCUGCCAUACCCUGGGAGACAAGAGUGAUGCAAGGAGUGUGCCGAGUCCUGGAUGGUCCUCCUCGCAGCCUGGGAUGAUGGGACUUGGAUCAGCGGUCCAAACCAUAAGCGAGCAGUCAGCCAAUGACAAUUCACAGUGCAGAACUAAGACUACAAACCAUUUUCUUACUGCUGAACAGUCCCCAGCAUCCUGGGAAGUGGGGGACACUAAGAUGCAUGUAAAGAGCAGCACUGUUGAGAAUGUUUCUUCAGCCUGCAUUGUCCACCAGAAAAGCAUGUGUAAAACGGAAGAACCAAGAACUGCCCUUCAGCGAAGCCACUCAGACUUAACUUGCAGUUGCAAACAGCAGACUUAUGUCACUCACAUGGAAAGCAGUGCUACUCACUCCAUCCUAAGCUCUUCUAGCUGCAGGCAUGGUCCACCAGUGGCUAGGAUGUCUUUCCAAACACUGAGAUAUGGAUCAGAAACAAAUGAAAAUACAUCUCACUAUCAAAACCUUGUGACUCAUCUUCCAGUUCUACCAAGAGACCAAAAAGUACCCACAAAUAGCUUUGACAGUGGUGGUAUUCCACGUAACACUACUGUUUACACAGAUCCUGGAACAUUUCACACUGCUGUUCUAGGACCCCACAUGCCUGGAAAUGGCUUCUCAAACAAGACAAUGAUCAGUCAAGCCACUGGGUUUAUUCAUGGUGGUCUGACUUACGGUAAUAUUCCAAACUCUGCAUACCCCCCCAUGGUGAUGACAGUUCAUAACAACUCUGCAGGGCCUUGUAAUAUAAAGCAGGAUCCUUGUAUGAAGGCAGAUGCCACCAUCCCUGCCUAUUGCCAUUCUCUGCCCAUACCAUCUAUACAACUUGUUCCACGGUUGGUAUGCUCGGUUAGUGAGUCGGGAAAAGAGCAGGCACCACCUGGCUAUUUUCAUUCCUUUUCUACUUCAGACAUUCUGACAUAUCCUAAGCUGGUGUCAUCAGUAAGUGAAUCAGGCCUGGAUGCCAAAAGAGUCCUGAAGUGCUGUAGCAUUCCUGGAGAACAACUGCAACAUGCUCAACACUGUGCUCAGCAGGACAGAGCUCCUCCAGAAACAAAGGCUGCCCGUGUUGCCUUUAGUAGCCAGCAAGGUGCAGACAUGGUAAUGACAACUAAGGAUAUGUGGACUAUGACCUCAAUGAAUGAUAUAACCAAAGGACUGAAACCAGCUCUUGAGUGUAGAGAUGCUGAGGUACAAACACUUCCAACCAGGGAAUGCAAAUCUGUAGCAACAAGCCCGGCGACUGCAGCAGAAAGCCACUCGCAUGUGUUCCCAGAGGUGAACCUAGAGCAAGACUUGGAGGCCCCCAAGUCUCCAGUACGUGAAGUGAGAUGGGAUGAUGAAGGAAUGACGUGGGAAGUGUAUGGGGCGUCUGUGGAUCCAGAAGUCCUUGGCUUAGCCAUUCAAAAACAUCUCGAGAUUCAAAUAGAACAAUUCCAGACAGAGCCUGCUCAGUUGGCUGAGAAAAGUAAUGAGGAACCAUCUUCUGAUAAAAUGGGGAGAAAAAGGCCAUUCAGAACAAUGAUGCAUUCCCUGAGAUAUCCAAGCUGUUGUGCUCGUUCCAGUACUGCAGUGGAGUGA